UUUUAAGUUUUGAUAAUUCAUUUAAAAUUUAAUCUAACUGUGUAAUUACACUUGUCCAACCAAACAACAUGCUUAUAAUUACACUGUAAUUAUGUUGUGACAAACAAUCAGGUAAUCGUAAUUACUAGACUGUGUAAUUACUAGGCUGCGUAAUUACUACCCUAGUAAUUACAUUAAUUCCAUUUACCGGGUGGCUUUCCAAACAGACCCUUACAUUUGCGAGAAAGCUUAGCCUUUUUCUGUUACUGAUAUUUAUGGAAUAUUAUUGCCAUUUGCCAAAAUUGAUUGCCUGACAUCUUUAACCUGCAUAGUUAUGUGAAAGGUUGGAUACCUUUAAGAGCCUUUUUUGUUGCCUCCUGUUGAUGAUAGGACAUUUCCAUGUGAAUGAUGGUUGAGCAAUAACACAGCUUUCACAGUUAUCCAUUACUUGUUUGGAUCAUAAAACAGAAAAAAACAUCACACACAAAAAUAGCAAAAUGGAAAUAUUUGAACCUUUUACCAGCUGUUUUAGAGGUAAAUUCCUUUUUUGGAUUGAACAGUCUUCAGCAUACAGUGGAAUUAAAUGAUGAAUUAAAGCUCAGACUUUGGUGAAACCUCAUAAUUUACUUGUCCCAAUAUUGUAUAUAAUAGAGUUCCCUAUUGAUUUCAUAUUUUUAAAAAGAAAUCCUAUGUUUUUGGGAAAGAUUACUGCAUUUGCUUCCUACGUACACUACAGUGUCAUACUCGUGAAAACACAGUAGGUGUCGGGUGCAACUCCAAAUAGUUGAUUGAACUUAUUAUUAAUUGACCCUUUUAACUUUUGAUUAAUUUAAAGCUUAUAGUUGACUGAAAUUACUUUGUGCAGUGAGGUUUUAAACUAGAUAGACAUUAGUUGAUAUAAUUUUUUUUUUUUUUAUGACAAAGGGAGCUUAGAGAAACUUUAGGUCACGGAUUCAAGCCGUGGAAUCCGCCACUUUCAGGGAAGGGCCGGACAAGGGUCUAUUGUACGCAGCCUUAUCCUGCAUUUCUGCAAGAGGCUGUUUUCACGGCUGGAAAACAUGACCUCCUUGUCACAUGACAACAACUUUACUAGUUACGCCAAGACUCCCCUACUUAUACAAGUAUCAAGUAACUUUAUAGACGGUUUGGAUUCACCUACUGUUGCUUCUGCCCUAAUUUAAAUCUUAGUUUCCAAGGUUGUCAAUCUAAAUGCAUUUUGAUACCCCGAAUUAAAAAAAAAAAAAAGGUUGUCAAUCUAACUCUUCUUUACUUAAGACCACUCUGUUUCUGUAAUUAAUCAUAUAAUCAAUCUACGGUUGGUUAUAAGCUAAUCCCGUUUUACUGUUAUUGCUGUUACUCAAAUCUUCUAAAAGACUCAGAAGCCAUGCCAUUGGCAGGUCCAAGUAGGCAUUAGAAAUUAAAUAGGAACUGUUUGGGAGAAAAAGCAGUAAUAUAGGAAAGAAAACAGAAAGAAAAGGAAGGGAGAGGUAUGGAGCAUUUCUGUCUUUAACAGGCUGUGUGUGAAUUGCCUUUCCUAAAGGUCCAAGUUCUCUGUUUUAAGAACAGACACUAGUCAUGUCAACAAUUUGAACAUAAAUUAUUGGAUUUUAUUACACAAAUAUUAUUUGCAUUUCAUUAUGCUUACAUACAAUUGUUUAUGCAAAAGUAAUGAGGUUACAAGAGUAUGGAGAUUCUCCUGUCAGUUUCUGUAGCCUUUUGCUGACAUUUUUGAUCCUGGUCCUAUGGUACCAACUUACUAGCCUGCAGACAAAUUGCUUGAAAACCAUCAGAAGUUUUUUGCCUAAAAUGCCCUCUUGUUCAAUCAAUUGAAAGGCAGAACGAAUAGCAAAGUCUUCAACAAGAACAACUUAGAAAAAAUAAGAUCUAAAGUAAAUUUCAUACACGACUAAAACACUCAUAGAAAAAAUAAGAUCUAAAGUAAAUAUACUAACAUUACUAAAAUAUAUUAUCAACUAAUUGGUUUCACCUAUAUAGAUCAUUUUGUUUCAAGGAAAUAGGGAGGUUGACGAGGAUGUCACAUGUUAACUACAACAGGGUGGGUGAAAUGGAGGCUUGCAUCCGGUGUUAUAUGAAAUAGGAAUGUGCCACCUAAACUUAAAGACAAGUUUUGUAGAAUGGUUCUUAGACCGACUAAGCUGUAUGUGACAGAGCGUUAGCCAAUCAAGAACUCUUAUGUCCAGACGAUGAAAGUAGCAGAAUUGAGGAUGUUGAGAUAGAUGUACGGGCAUAUCAGAAUUGAUAAGAUUAGGAAUGAAAAUAUUUGGGUCAGGCUAAGAGUGAUUUCGGUGGAGGAUAAGAUGCGGGAAGCGAGAUUUAGAUAGUUUGAGCAUGUAAAAAGGAGAAGCGCAGAUGCCCCAAUAAGGAGGUGUGAGAUGUUGGCAUUGGUGGGUCUAAAGAGAGGUAGAGGCAAGCCUAAUAAGUAUUAGGGAGAGGUGAUUAGGUAGGAUAUGACAUUGCUUCAGCUUACCGAUGACACAACUCUUGAUAGGAAGGCGUGGAGGAAGAGAAUUAAGGGUUACUACAUGCUAUUCUUUUCGCCUUGUUUUCUUAUUAUCUUAUUGAUUUACUGUUUGAUGUUACUGCUUUCUUUUCAUCUUUUUUUGAUCUGAGCGUCUAUCGGAAAUUACCUUUCUACCUUCAAGAUAGGGGUAAGGUCUGCGUACACACUAUCCUCUCCAUACCCUAUAUGUGGGAUUAUACUAAAUUUGUUGUUGUUUGUGUGCAUAGAUUCGAGAUGAUUGUAGGACUUUCCAGACAACCUUUUUCCAUUUCAUUGUAGGUCUACCUCGUCUCUGUUUUAACACUUUCACAUCUAUGGAUCAAUGUGUGUGCAGGGUAACGUAGGACAUGUUUAAACCAUCUCAAGUGAACUCUUCACACUUUAUCCUUAUUGUAUGCUACUUGCAACUUUUGCCAAAUGUGAUUAUUUUAAUCUUGUACAAUUGCUAAUACAUCUUAAUAUCCACAAAUUUGCGACAAACAUCUUGUGGAUAUAAUGAACUUUAACAUCUCAACAUUCACUCUCAUAUAACAUUUUCAAGUAUCCUUCUAUACAUAAUACCUUGACAACACUUUUCUAUCUCAACUUUUCAACUAUUUUAUUUUUGAUUCUAUGUGUACUAUUUUUCAACUUUCAACUUUUCAUCUUUUCCUCCACUAUUGAUAAGAGAGGUUGCUCUGAUGGUAAGCAACUCCCACUUUCAACCAAGAGGUUGUGAGUCACCUCAAGAGCAAGUUAGUAAGUUCUUGGAGGAAAAGAUGCCGAGGGUCUAUUUGGAAACAGCCUCUCUACUCCAGGGUAGGGGUAAGGUCUGCGUACACACUACCCUCCCCAGACCCCACUAAUGGGAUUAUACUGGGUUGUUGUAUGUGUACUAUCUUUAUGUAUCGCACCAAAAUAGCAAAAGUAAAGUCAUUGAUGCUUACAAUACUUUCUAGGAUAAUUUUUCUGGUUAUAUAUAUCUGAUGACAACAGUAGCGGUUGAUCUCUGAAAUUGAUGACCUGAGAAGGGUCAGGGCCAUGUUAUGAAGUUAUCCUUGCCCUUCUGUGCAUGAAACCGAAUGACUUAAUUAGCCACAUAAUUGGGGUUUAGUACAUCUAUAUUUGUAGGUCCACUCUGUUUUCCUCGAUCUUAUAUUAGUGACAUCUCGUGGACGGUCGUUAAGUAAUAAGAUAUGUGAUAAAACCAGCUGUGAAUUGCCGUUCUUGAGCAUUGAAGGUCUUCCUUGCAGGCCUUAAUUAUGCAGGCCAGUGGACUACCUUUUCUAUUUUUCUUCCAAUGUUUUGAAUUUCUUUAGUUGUUUUAUUGUUUGAAGACUCCAUAUAUAAUGGGACUGCCUAACCUAACCAAAAAGAUCACAUGAACAUAUGCCAUAGACUUAGUUACAGCACCGAAGUCAUCAAUGUCCAUGAAUCUUGUGAAAGUCCAUUAUUUCACACUUUGGAUUUUCUCUAAUCUUGAUCUGCCUUGUAUAACGGACAGUCAAAUUGUUUAAUUUGAAUGAAAUGUUUUGUUUUCUAGUUUGACCUCUCUUUUUGGACUAUUAAGCUUUAGAACCAAGGUGUUCAAACUUGACUAGGACUACUUGAAUAGAUGUGGUUGAGCCAUUCAGUCAAUUUGUAUAUAACUUUUAACACCAUUUAGUUUAAGGAUUAAUUUCUACCAGGUGAUGUCGAAGCGGCAUUCAUAAAUAAGUUUAAGAAUCUUUUUGUAUGUUAGUUAUGGAAUGAGACUGAGUUAUCCAAAAAAGAAAAAAGGACCGAUGGGUUCACAAUAUAGAUUCUAGAUUCUAACUUAAACUAAUAAUUCACAUAAUUCAAUCACAGUUGCAUUUAAUUAUCAAUUUAAAGUAUCUUUAUACUUUUUCUUAAUCAUUCAAUUCAUCGUGCAUUUGUUUAUUUUAAAGGCCUAGUUGCAUAUAUGAAAUAAACAUUAAAGAAUUGGCUCGGUCUCAACUUGGUUCUAUCAUCUACACAAGCUCGAUUGGACUUGUUUUAGUACUGCCAAAGCUUUGUUUGGUUCCGCUUGGACUCAAUUUUGCUUGUUACUAAGACCAAUGAUGGAGUUAUGUAGAGGCACGAGAGCUCAAUUGAAUCCCCUUCGUUGAAAGAUUAUACUGUGUAACAAAUUUUUUAUUAUAUAUAAUCUAUUGACCCCCUUUGACAUAAGAGAUUUUCCUGAUGUGCAAAGAGGAUCAAAAGUUGCUUUUGAUCAUAGGUUCGAAUUUUAAAUGUAACUUUCUAACACUUUAAUAAAUUUCCUUGCAUAAAUCCCUGACUCGGCUAUUUACUAUAGCAAGUUCAUGAGAUUAGCUCGACUCAUAUCUAUUUGCUCAAAGCUCAAAUUAACUUAUUUAUAGGUCAGUCUUUUUAUAUGCUUGAUGUUGUUAUAGUUGAUCCUCCAAUUAUGAUUGAACAUUAUGUCUCAUACCUCUCUAACUUGAUUAUUAUAUUUAAAAAGGAGAGAAGUGCUUACACUUGUAACUGUCUUUUUGUAGAGUAAAAUCUGUUACGUUACUCUUCCUAACUACCCAUCUAAGACAAGUAACAAAAGUUAAUAGAAAAAUGGGGGGAAAAUAGGUAUGUAUUUGCAAAACUGAGAAAAUUCCAAAAGAAUUUAAAAACCCUAAACUGUCUCCAGCUAUUUAUAAGAACCCAAGAGACCCUCCUAACCUCUGCCUCUCCUCUGCAUAGUGUACUUUGGUUCUCAGAAAGUGAAUGACAUGUUUCUUUAGACCGACCCUUCUUGCCAUUUUGACCUCUCCAUUCCUUCUAAAAAAGAACAAAAAUCCUGUCCCAAAUCCAUUGAGUAAAACAUGAGGGGAAGAUCUUCACCAAAGAAAGGAAACUCAGCAGGAAUAAUGGAAGUAGAAAAGGUUGAUAAACUAAAACAAGAGCCUCAUCUCUCUGGUGCCUAUAUUAGAAACCUAGUCAAACAAUUAACUUCUUCACGUACCAAAGAUCCUUUAAAUCCCAAAGACAAUGAUGAUUCACUAGACAAUUCAACAAAAAAUGAUGAUAGUUUGUUUAGCGAUACACAUCAACUAUCGUCACAGCCACCACCACCACCACAACCACCGCAGCUUAAAAAGAAACAAGUGAGGAGGAGACUCCACACUAGUAGGCCUUAUCAAGAAAGGCUUCUAAAUAUGGCCGAGGCUCGGCGAGAGAUUGUCACUGCCCUUAAGUUUCAUAGAGCCGCUAUGAAACAACAACAACAACAACAAUCUCAGACGGGGCCACAGUCAUUACAGUCUUGGCCUCAAGAAUCUUCAGGAGAAGAACAAGGGAAGCUAAAAUCCCGGAGAAAUCCGAGGAUUUAUGCUUCCAACACUAUAAACAAUAACUUACCAAGUUACAAUAUGGAGAAUUUCUCCAAUUCAACCUUCCCUAACUGCCUUCCACAAUAUCCUUAUUCUUGCCAUGUUUCAUCCUUUGGUUCCCAAUUACCUUUACAAGACCACCUCAAUUUUCCACUUCCUAACCAAACAUUAGGCUUGAAUCUCAAUUUCCAUGACUUUAAUAAUUUAGAUGCAACCCCUUAUUGUAGCAGCAAUAACAACACCUCAAUCUACUCAUCAUCAUCCCCUUCAUCUUCUUCAGAUGAAUUUCAUUAUAUGGGAUUAUCUCAAGAAGGGGCUCCUACUAUAUCUCAAAUGGUGAAUUGUGAAGAUUCAGGGUUGCAUCCAUCAAUGGAUGACCAAGAAAUGGCAGAGAUCAGAUCAAUAGGGGAGCAACAUGAGAUGGAGUGGAAUGACACACUCAAUUUGGCAACUUCAGCUUGGUGGUACAAGUUCUUGAAAACCAUGGAAAUUGACCCUGAUCAUGAGAGUAAUGUUGGUGAGGAUUAUGGGUGUUAUCCAUUUGAUGAAGUUAUGGAAUUCCCAGCCUGGUUGAAUCCAAAUGAAAGCUGCUUGCAACAACAGGUUGAUGAAACCUAUUCUGAUCCUACCUUACCAUGUAUGGACAUUGAAGAAAUUGAAGGAAUGGAUGCAGAGUGGUUAGCUUAAAAGAAGAAGAUUGAUUGGUUUUUGUCAUAAUCAAAUCUUUGGCUUUUACAUUGAAGCCCCAAAUUGCUGCUUUUUUCCUUUUUCCUUUGGGAAAGGAGGAUUUUAAAGUUUUCCUUUUCUUUGUUUUUUUAAUUAGUAAUAAAGGCGUUUGCUACAAAUCGCAGUCUCUAGAGAAAAAUAAUAGAUGAGGGAGAAAUUAGUAUACGUUGUCUCCCAGUUUUCCUUUUCCAUCAAUUAUGAGAGAUCUGAUAUUUAAUGGUUCUCAUCAUUGUAGAUUUUAUAGCUAGAAAAAUUUUGUACCCUAUUUGGUUGUGAUA